AUGUCGGACUGUAUAAGUCACUGUAUUGAAAUAUCCAACCACAAAAAUUAUGGAAAUGUGGCACCGAACAUCAACAAGUGCAUUAAUCGAAUAGCACAAAUAGAAGCCUUUCAAGAAUAUAAAGUAGAGGUCGAAGAUAUUUCAACUAAUGGUGGAAAUUACUUGGCAAUCUUACAAACGAUAAAUAUUAAAGGAAAAACUAAAACAACUUAUAAAGAAAUUAGUCUAUUCGUAAAAAAUAAAUUAAAGUCUGUACAAGACAAUAAUUUUCAAGUGGAUGAAAUUUACGAACGAGAAGUUUUCUACUACAAUGAACUAUCAAAGAUAUAUGAUAAACUACAAGACGAAGCGAAUAUUCCAGUUGACGAAAGAUUGAGAAAGGUGAAAAGCUAUAAUGAGUCAAACACGGAAGCCAUAAUUUUCGAGAAUUUGAGUAAAACAGGCUUCACAACACGACACAGGCUCGAGCCCAUGUCUCUGCAAUUUGCUGAAAUGUCUGUUAAACAACUGGCAAAAUUUCAUGCUUUAUCUUUUGUCUUGAAAUGUAAGAAACCAGAGUAUUAUGAGAUGAAAGUAAAACCAUUUACUUAUCCAAUAGAUGUUAAUACGGAUUUGGAAGAUUAUGUAGUCAAUGCAUGUACUGCUGCAGCCAACUGUUUAGAUAGUGAUUUAAAAGUAAGGUUGGAAAAUUUUAAGGAAAAAAUAGUGCAAGUAUAUAAAAAAUUCGCUAGUCCUCCGACUGACAAAUCAACAUGCUUGUGUCAUGGUGAUUUUAGAGCUAAUAAUAUAUUGGUUAAAGAAGAGGAUGGUGAUAUAAAAGAUCUGAUUGUUGUCGACUACCAAACAAUGCGUCACGGUAGUCCAGUAACAGAUUUCAUAUACUUCGUUUUCAUGGGUUCAGAUCAGGAAUUCAGACGAGCCCACUUGGUCGAGUUAAAGGAAUUAUAUUACGAAACAUUGGAGAGGUUUCUAAGUGAGUUUGGUAUAGCAGUCCAUGAUGUCUAUCCCAGGAAGCUAUUUGAACAAGAAUACCGGGACUAUUUAGACGUAGGACUUACAUUAUUCUUGUUUGGAGCUCCAUUUCUGAUGUGCUCCGAUGAUGAUGUACCCGACCUGCAAAAUGAGUCUUUUUCUAAAGUCAAUUUCAAUUUUGACAACGACAAAUGUAACGAGCGACUGCGUGGCAUGGUUGAGGAUUACAUACAGUGGGGAUAUUUGUAA